GAGUACACUGAAUGAAUUGUGUUGAUUUUCAGUGGAGAGGAAGGUGAUUUAAGAAGGAAAAAAGCGUGAUUGAGACACAGCUAUACCUGCAAAGGGUUUUGGUGAAGCUUUGGAAGUGGACACGUUCAUUAGCACUUCACAUUUUCAGAAUUACAUGUCCUUCUGUCAGAAGAGGUCCUAACUUUGGCUUUUUGCCAAAAAUUUAUCCUGUAUUAUGAAGCAGACGUGCAUUGCAGUCAACCCUUCAGUACCCAGGCUGUGUGCACCUUCUCUCCUUUCCCAACCCACCCUCCUCAGACACACAGUCUAUCAAGUGUUCGAGUCAGAGUUCUUAAUGAGCUUGUCUGUGUGUUUACAUUUUUAAAAAUAGUCAGCUAUUUUGCAUAAUGUUAUUAGCCUCUGUGUUAUGCAUUUGUCAUUACCUCUCUCACACCUCUGAUUUAUUCCACCUCUGUUGGGUAAAUGUGAGAUAAUGUAAUCCACUGGUGAUGGAAAUAAUUGUGUAAAAAUGAGCCAUUACAGCAUUUAGUUCCAUAUAAAUCAAAACAUAUUCAGAUUUAGAUGAAAACAACUGACUUCUGUGGCAGUGAAACUAUGGGGUUGGAAGGAUCUGGAAGGAUCUCUGGUUAACUGUGUACUCCAAACAAAUAACUUGUACGCAGCACUGUAGUUAACUUUUCAUUUAUAUAAUCAGAAAAGCUUAAAGAAUGUACUCAGUGUUAUUUACUGCAAUAAUAUAGGUACAGUUUCUUAUUUUUUAAAAAAAUUAUGGCUUCCAGUGAAAUGGUAAGUGAUGAGAGGAGGUGGGUUGUUCAAAUUGUGCACUUUCAGCACUAACUGAAAGGGCAUUAAAAGGUAGUGCUCUGCUGGACAUUUUUUUUUUUUUAAAUUUCAACAAUUGCUAGAAUUGGCAUAAGAAGGUGAUAUGACCAUAAGCAGAGAAACGUUGUCUGUGGGACUGUGAUUAAGAGGAAAUGUGCUAGUAAUAAGCUAAAGUGAGUUUUCCAGCAAGCUGCUGUGAGAACACCAGUACCUCCAAAACAAGAAUCUGUCCCGUCCGUAGGUUCAGAAAAAGAAGAGCUGGUUUUCUUCACACAAGCUAGGAAUUCUUUAUCAUUAGUCAGCUCAAUAACAUCUAAAAUGACAAUGUACAAUUAAGGUUAGGGUGUCAUGGGGUUUAUUAAGUAUUCAGGCUGUUCAGAGAUAUUUCCUUGUUCAGCUUAAGUAAGUAAGCUGUAAGUAGAAUGAGUAGCAUUCUAACUGUUAAUAUAUGAUAGGUGAUUAGUAUGUUGAUUGCUUGGCCUGAGUAGCCGGAUUUGAUGAAGCCUUCAACCUUAAGCUGUAAACUUACAGCUAGAAAUGUUUGUUUCUGGAACGGAAUUAAUUUCCUUAGUAAUCUUCCUAAUAGCUGAUACAGAGCUGUGUUUUGUCUGUGUUGUGAGAAGGACAUCGAUAACAAACGGAUAUUUUAGUUGCUGCUAAGUACUGUUUACCUUAGUGAGGGCUUUUUUAGUUCUCUGUGCUCUGCCAGGGAGCAGAGGCACCAGCAGCUCAAACCAGAGAUCAUCAGGCAACAGCCAUCAGCAGAAGCUGCAGUUCCACACACGUUGAACGGCCUGCCUGGACAUGGAGAAGGAACCCAAUAAGGUGCUGUAAGGCCUCAGAAAUCAGCAGUGAACUAAGAGGUGCAAGGCAAGAUGGGUGAGGGGCAGGUGCCUAAAUUGUGUAGUUUCCUGGGGAUGUCUUUGUGCAGGGCCACUCUCCAGAGACACACAGCCGAUCUGCUGCUCUAACACUCUGUUAAAUUAUUUAUUUUUAUAAUCUGAUGCCUGAGACUCUGCCCUGGGAAACCUGCUAUCUUUAAUAAAAGUCUUUGUGCCAUAGUGUAUAUAUAUAUUACAUGAAAAUUGUUCUUUAGGUUGCUGCUAUCACCUCUGAGGCUUUUUGCUCUUAAAACUAUUAUUUUUUUCAAUUUAGAAAAGUCUCUUCUCAGAGCAAACAGUGCCAUGAAGGAACGCUCAGGACCCUCUCCUGUAUCUAGGCAGAACCUGUGAGUUCAAGGUGUGGUGAUACAAAACAGCAGCCAGCUUUUAAUCAGAUUUGUUUUUUUUCUACAGGGAUGAUUUGUGCUUGUUCUCCCUUCCCUUCCUGCGAGCUGUGGCAGAAAAUGUCACUUACUUUCUCAUUUUGGUUUCUGCUGGCUGCCUGAAAGGAGUCUACCCACAGAAGCGUGAGCCAGUUCUGUGCGCAGCAGGAAAUACGAUGUUGAAGCCAGUUAGGUGGGAAAAGAAUGGGGACAACACCCAGAGAGGCUAGUAGAAAAAUGUCCUUUCACUAGUACCACCUUCAGAUUUCCUCUUCUAGUACUGUUACUAGAAAGGCUUCUGCACUGCUGGAGACCACAUCUAGCUCACCCAGCACCCUAGACAACGUGCUCAAUGCUUUGAGACUGGAAGGAUCUUUCUCUGCAAUGAAGAUGGAGGCAGCAGGAAAAGCAGAAGAACUUGUUGAUUCAGAAAUUCCACCAAAGAUUUCUGAAAAACAAGAGACUACUCCUGAUGAAGUCAGGCCUAUAGAACUCGAGACACAGCCUCAAAAGGACAGCGUGCCCACUGCAGCAGACUCUGCAGUGCUCUCUUCCAUGCCUUGUUUGCUGAUGGAACUGAGGCGGGACUCCUCGGAGUCUCAGCUGGCAUCUACAGAGAGUGACAAGCCAGCGGGUGGCCGAGUUUAUGAGAGUGACUCUUCUAAUCACUGCAUGCUUUCCCCUUCCUCCAGUGGGCAUUUGGCUGACUCAGACACGUUGUCUUCCGCAGAGGAGAAUGAGCCCUGCCAAGCUGAAGCCGCCUCAGAGGGAGACCCUUCUGCGGUGUCUGGGGCUGCAGUCGGGAGGAAAUCCAGGAGAUCCAGGUCCGAAAGUGAGACUUCAACAAUGGCUGCCAAGAAAAACCGACAGUCUAGCGAUAAGCAGAACGGCCGAGUUACCAAGGUAAAGGGUCACCGGAGCCAAAAGCACAAAGAGAGGAUCCGGCUCUUGAGACAGAAGCGGGAGGCAGCUGCUCGCAAGAAGUACAACCUGCUGCAGGACAGCAGUACCAGCGACAGUGACCUGACUUGUGACUCCAGCACGAGCUCGUCAGACGACGACGAAGAGGUUUCAGGGAGCAGCAAGACAAUCACUGCAGAGAUACCAGAUGGACCCCCUGUUGUGGCUCACUAUGAUAUAUCAGACACAAACUCAGACCCAGAAGUGGUAAAUGUGGACAAUCUGUUGGCGGCUGCAGUAGUUCAAGAGCACAAUAAUUCUUUAGGAAAUCAAGACUCAGGAUCUGCCUGGAGAGCCAGAGGGUUGCUGAAUGAAAUGAGUGCUGAUACAGGUCGCUUGGAUCCAGGCUUCCUAGCAGGUGACAAAACCUCUUGUGGCAAUUCCCAGGCCAAUGAAGAAAUUAACAUUGCCUCUUCUGACAGCGAAGUAGAGAUUGUUGGAGUUCAGGAACAUGCCAGAUUGGAAGCAUGUUCCCUGAGCUCCUGUUUGACUGUUUUGCUGUUGGCUUCUUGUGUGACUAGUUUGAGGAUAAACACUUUUAUUUUUCCAAGGUGUGUGCAUCCCAGGGGAGGGGUGAUCCAGAGCGUGUCCUCCUGGAAGCGCGGCUCGCCGUUCGGGAGCGCCCAGCCCGCACAGCCAUGGACAGCAGUGGCUCCCCAGCAGAACUGGUCCUCGCCCCCAGAAGUGGUGGACCUCACUCUGGACGAGGACACCAGGCGCAAAUACCUCCUGUAACUCCGUGUCACUGUGCUCUGCCCUCUCCCCUCCCGCCCUCCCUGGCACAGAAGUUCAGUGGUUAAACCAUCGCCUCCAGAGGCCCCGUCCUUGGCACCAUGAGACCCAAACCCGCGGCGUUUCUCCACGCCCACAGGAAUGUAGUCUGACUUCAGCAUCACCUCGAAUGGUUUUGCCUUCUCCAAGGAGGAUUCCUGCCCAGAAUUAACAGCACCAAAUUUAAAACACAUCUGCAGUUACUAACGUGUGCGUGUAUAUCUAACGAAAUAGCUGCGUGCAAACCUACGUCCUCCCAGCCUCCCCACCUCCCGACUCCAGAACGUUUUUAAUUUAUCAGUAUCUUGAGUUUGUUAGUAGAAGUUAGUGUGUUGCUGUGUGAGCAUCAGUGGUUUUGAGAAAUGCUGUGUCCUCACUGAUUUCAGCGGAAUUGGGGAGUAUUCAACGCUUCCAAAAUUUGGGCCAGGAGUAUUUUUACCCAAGUGGAUUUGGUUAUUUUACAAUCAGGAGGGAUUGUCUUUAAUGCAAAUGGCCCAUAACAAAUGCACUGAACUGUAACUUUUUCUCUAAAAAUUCUUUUUAAUUUCUUUCUCUUUUUCUCUGAUUCUGCUGCACUUCUCCUGUAUUUCUCUUUCCACUCCUGGAUUUCUCAUUCUCCUCUGAGGUGAGCUCCUUUGGGAUCCUCCCUCCUGGGGAGCCCCACUUAUCUCACUUCUCUAGGUUUGAAGAAAACUCUCGAGCUCCUUAGAAUCUUGUUUCUCCUGUUUAUUAGAAGGUCAUUACAAAACUUAGCAGGUCUCUGCAGACUGGCUGCACAAAGUUAAUUCACUGCAAUCUGAUUUAUUUUCUUCUGAUGUUACAGAUUGGCCUUGUGGCUCACUUUGUGUUUGAAAGCACAAAAUGGCCCCCAACUGUGUAGUUUUAUUAUCUUUAUUCUUAUUCUUACCCAGUUAACAGUAAACAUGGAUAUUAUUUUUCUUAAUGACCCAAUGACCCAUCACCUGUGUGCUGCACUGCGGCAUUUUAUGUCCAAUAACUUACUAUUGCCCAAAAACCUCUAAAAGAAGAACAUAAAGAAGAAAGAAAAAGGAAAAGAAACAACAUUCUAAAUCCUCUGUCUUAUCUUCUGCUUUCUAAACUAACUUAAACUCUAAAUGAACUUUUUCACCCAUUGACUUAAGAAAACUCUCUAAUCUACACACUCACACUUUUAGCUUUUCUAACUUUAACAGUUGUUUUUAUGUAUCACCAUGAAAACAUGCUCAUGAAUUUCAUGUUAUAUGAAAUUCAGUGUUUUUCUGUAUCUUAGAACUAAGUAUCAGAAACAAGUGCACACACUCUGUGUCUCAGACUCCUACACUGAACAGCUUUUAAUUAAAAUGUUUUUAUUUUCAAUGUAAUUCACAGUUUAUAUUCUUCAGUGCUGAGUCUUCUGUCUACUUGACUGCUGUAUUUCACUGGUCAAUUCCCACAGCUUGGAAUGGCUAAAAUAGUAAUAGUAGUGACUUAGGAACAGCUGAACAUUGCAAAAGCACAGGAAAAAGUAAUAAAAAGGCCCAGCACCCCUCUCCUUUUUAAUUAUAGCUGAACUUUUUUUACCUUUACCUAAGUCUUGCCUGGAGUAAAUGAAGGAGAGGGGUGAAAUCUUUUACUCAUAGUCCCCACUUCUACUACUGCUUGUUUGCAUCAUUCACCAUCUCAGAAAAUAAAAAAUCCCAAGCAAAUUCCAAAGUCCCAGCCUGGCAAAAGGCUGUGUUCAGCUGGGACCUGUUCUUGGAAUUUGUGGGGGCCACUCAAGUGCUUAAAACUCUGUCCUAAAAUAUGUUGCAGGAUCAGGGUCAGAAACUAAGGUUGUGGUUUUUAAUUUUUUUUUUUUUUUAAUUAGUAAUCUGCACCAUUUCCGUGGCUUUCAGUCUUGUCUCUCAUGCUAGUUUUGAAAAUGUCAAGAUUCAGGAAACACUUUCUACCAGAAUAUUUACCAAAAUCAGUGGAACUACUCUAGUGGGCUGCAGUUUCUGUGACUAUAUGGAAAUUCCUGCCCCUCAUCUGUCAUUUUGAGUCUUUCCCAAGGCAAAAACCAAAGAUUAGACUUUAACAAGACGAUAUUAUUCACUUUAAAUGUCUACUGUGCAAUUGAAACAUUCCUUCAUAUUUCAGAUGUUUCUAUUGAAUUUUGUACAUCUCUGCCAUUAGAUUUUUACUAUUUAAGGCUGGACAGGGGUGGUCAGGACAUGGGAAAUUCUGCUUUCCUUUCAUGUUGGCUGGUUUCAAAAUUUAUUUGGCCUCCCAUAAUUUUAUCUGAGGGCAAAAUUAAAAAUUAAAGUAGACUUACCUGUGUUGUCACAUAUAGGAAAAACAGCCCAGCAGGGGGGUAUAGUUAAAAACCACCUGUUUUUUCCAUAAGCAGAACAGUUCAUACUGCACUUUAUAGAGCAGCUAGGUAAGGAUUGAUAUUCCCAUUUCCAGCUUUCUAGAACAUUGAACAUAAGUGUCUUGCAUGGCCAGCAGAAUAUCUGUGGUGUUUGUAGUGACCGAUUCCUUUCUGUGGGAGGGAGGAAGGGAGGGAGGGGAGUGCGGAUGGAGCCUGUUGGCCCCACAGCAGGGAAAGGCCCUGUGCUCCUCUGCCCAUCCCUUCUCCUGGUGUUUCCAUCAGCUCUGGGCUCACACACCUGCUGUAAAGGUAACUUUGGGACAGCCAGCUCCCGUGGCUGCUUCUUCCCGUUUCACAGAGUCUCCUGAAGGUCGGUUUGUGAGGAAAGCUGCCAGGACCCCGUUUGCAGUCCUUCCGUGAAAAAAUGCAAACUAACUCUCCUUGUUUUUCAGUUUCUAUACGAUGUGACUUCCACAUGUACAUAAAAAUGACUGCCUCCUAACCAAACUUCCUCCAAUUGUGCACUGUGUUUGUUCAAACAGCUCAUGUGUGGUGGUCCGACGCAGGUUUUCUUUUAUUUAAAACACUAUGUAUUUUCUCUCGACAAAUUUCAAGGCUAGUGAUCUGAAAAACGCAAUCACUGGAUAUGGGUAGGAAAUGGUUUGGUUUUGUUUCUUUUUUUGUUUGCUUGUUUGUUUUGUUUUUUUUUUUUCCUUUUAACUUCUAUUUUUUAAAAAGAGCAAAAAUCUGCCUGGGUGGUUUUUGCUCUUCUCAGCAGGAAAGAGAAAAAAUUAGCCAUUGUAUGGCUGAGAACCAAUGCACUUGGGGCCUGGUCCAGAACCCACUGGGGUCGGUGUGGGGCUGCCCAUCGACCUCAGUGUGCAUUGACUCGAGCCCUUCAGGGUAUUUGCUGGAGUGUGAACUUGGAAUCUUCUAUAGUGAAGACAAAUCAUUGCUCAGAAAAUAAAUGUUUAAAAUGUGCGGCUCUAGUUAAAAAUAAAAUUUGAUUCUUCUCGACACUCACUAUUUAGUUCUCAUUUUCCAUCUAGUAUUUAAUGGUCUUUGGAGAGAAAUAAUAAUAAAACAGAGUGUUAUAUAUAUAUAUAUAAAUAUAUAUAUUUUUGGUGCAAGAUGAGACCUUCUGUUUUUUGAAACAAGUCUGUAGCAUAAAGGUUAAACUAUUUUAAGACAAAAUAAAAUAGAGUGUAUUAUUUAAACAAUA